AUGGCUUUCUUUUUAAAUAUAUAUACAUUUUUUUAAAAAAAUUAAAGAUUAAAAGCUUGUAAUGGAGAAGUAAGACUGCCUUUCUGUGCCAGGUGCUGUAAGUAGGUCAGGUCAGGCGUGUCACGCGGUGUGUUGUUAAUAAGUUAUUAAAUAUAAAGUCUGAACGUGGGUUGGUUAACAAACUAUACCAUAACAUUGCCCGUUCCGUUACACGGUAUCAACGAAUUGUGAUAAUUUCUGCUGAUCUGAAAGCAAGUUAUAAUAAAACACAGAGCUUUACAACCUCGAAGCGCAGCGUAAGUAAAAGUCAAUCAUUUAUGUAGUAGUAGAAGUAGUUGGCAGGCUUGUAAAGUAAUGUGAUGAUUACUACACACGGGGAAGCAUAGUAUUAUAGCAAUAGAGUAGAGACUAGAGUAGAGAGGAUCAUGAUAAACUUUGGGCUUAGACUACACUACACAACUAUUUACACUUGAAGAGAACAUACUUGCGAAUUAUUUAUUGUGGAAGUUCUGGAGGUCGAUGGCUUUGCAAAUGAUGACUAACUUAAAUGACAUUAUAUUAAUUUUGUAGGAACUAAGUGUAAAAAAUAAAUUAAUUGAGACCUACAACUACAAAGAAAUUAAAACAAAAAAAGGGGUGGGGGUGUGUGAUUAUAACAUAUGGAUGCUUUUAAGUUCACCACACAGGGAACUGUUCCCAGCUACCCAGGGCCCGUGGCAAGCAACCAAAAGAUGUAUAGAUUAAUGAUUAAUAUAUAUUUUGUAUGAAAAAGUAUGAUUUUGGCUUUGGCAUCCUCAGAAGAUGGAGAUCCCAGCCGCCCCAGGUGGAUGCUCACUUUGUCAUUGUGCCCCCCCCCCCCCAAUGAAUGACCCUUUCCUCCCCAUCAUACUAAAUUGACUGAAUCACCAAGCUAUCAUAAGCCUAAUAACUGAAAUCAAUAUUUGAACUUCCCUCAUGGCCCCCAUCUUUAAAGGUUGCCAUUUGAUGGACUAAUUCAUUCAACCAUCUCUCUGUCAUUUACAACACCACCAUCAAAAAACUGUGUAAUAGUGAAAGCACUAAUUAAGAUUUUUUCAUUUUUUUGGAAACAUGAGGCUUUAAAAACUAUUUACUAACAAGGAGACCUGUUUACCCUCAAACUCUUAAAAUCGUACAAUAUCUUCACAAAAUCGUUCAAUACAUUAUCUGCAUAGUAAAAAAAAACGAACAUACAGGAUAUAUAAUGUAUACACCUCAAAAUCGUACAUUGUACGCCAAAAUCGUAAGAGUUAACAGGUCUGAACAAGGCAAGAGUCCCUAAAAUUAAAUCAAGGCAGCAUGAACAUGUUUCUCUGCCAAUGUUUUAUAUUAUUGCUAGUAAAGGUGCUCAACUCACUUAACUAUCUAACAAAAAUUAAAUCAAGACAGAAUAAACAUGAUUUUUGGUCCAUGUUUUAGGAUAUUACAACUAGUAAUGGGGCUCAACUCACUCAAAUAUCUCACAAUGCUAACUGCUGAAAGUUUAAAAUAAUUUUCCUUGCAGAAUGUCACAGACAAAAGUUGAGGUUCCCUCUGAGAAUCCACUGGGUCCAUGUCCAGCUUAUGUAUUUGGUGACCCAAAAACAAAUGAGUCAGCCAUCAUUGUUAUUCAGGUUGGUUAACGGCAAUAUUUGUUUACAUACAAGCUCACCUUAUCAUCUUUAUUUUAAAGAGACUUAUUUGAAGAUUCACAACACAAGAAUAUCAUGAAAAGCAGUUAAAUUGUGUUCAUUGCAAAACUGCUUUUGAGUCAUAAUUCUGCACCCUGAAAACAUUGUCAUUGCUCAUGUAAAAGUAUGUGAUAAACCAUUUACCAUUGAUAACUUUAGUUAUGCUAUCUCAGUGCACCGUUUGCUACUGCUGUUUAAAAGUUAAAUUGUAAUAUGUUUCAAUUUCAUGUAACAGUAUUUGGGAAUUAACCCAAUGUCUAUGUGCUCGUGUUUUCCCAGGAAUGGUGGGGGGUCAAUGAGAACAUUAAAGAUGUGGCCAAGACAAUAGCUGAGAAAACAAACUUUGUGACGGUCGUACCAGAUCUCUAUAGAGGAAAGGUCGCCCUCGACAGGGAGACAGCAGGUCAUUACAGUAAAGACCUGAACUGGGAGGGGGCAGUACAAGAUGUGGAUGCAUGUGCAAGGUUCGUUAUAGCUGUAUUUAACUACAUCUAAAUCCUUGAAAUUCUCUUUGAUUGUGCACUUAAGAUACAUUCAAUAUUAACCUUACUUUUUAAGCAUUUCCUAACUUCCCUAAAAUGAAACUAAUGGUUUACAUAUUUUUGAGCAGGGAUCGAAAAUAGUUUUAUCUUUUAGGAAGAUGUUCACAAGUGAAGCGUAAUCUGACCAGUUAAGCAGAAAAGAAAAUUGCCUUCAAAUUAAAAUAUGCAUUUGUCAUAUAAUCUUACUUAUUACUUGUUAAAUCAUGUUCUUAAAAAAAGGAAAAUAUCACACUUUGACAGAUUUCUGAAAGCACAAGGGGUUAAAAAAGUCGGGGCGACCGGCUUCUGUCAAGGAGGGGCCCUGUCCAUUGCUGUGGUGACACUUUACAAAAGCGUGGAUGCGGCCGCACCAUUUUACGGCAUCCCACGGCCAGCUAACCUGACCUGUGAUUAUAAGAACAUCACAGUACCCAUCCAGUGCCACUUCGGGGAAAAAGAUCACGCUGUUGGCUUCUCUUCCCCAGCUGACUAUGAAGCCUUUCGUGCCAAGCUCCAGGAUUACAAGUCUAAUUAUGAGUUUUACACCUACGAUGCUGGCCAUGGAUUUGCCAAUAAGACAAACCCUGAAAACUUUAAUGAGGCUGCAUAUGAGUUGAGUUUCUCUAGAAUGUAUGCAUUCUUUGAAAAUAACCUCAAAUAAAAGCAAUAUUUUGAUUUGUUUUAUAUCUUAAUGUUGACUGAAUCGUUGAAUGCUGUAACUGCCUAUUGUUUGUUUGAGAUGUCUUGCAUAUGCAUUUAGACGGUUAAUUGUUGAUAUACAAGAUUUUUGUUAAAGAUAUUCAUGAAUUUACAUUUUUAAGAAUAAAAUCUUAAAAUUAAAA